AUACUCCCUUUAUUGGAUUUAGUUAUUGCAAUUUGAUUCUUUUUGAUAAAAUUUGAUUAAAUAAUUUUAUAUAUGUUAGAUCCCUUCGGAUGAGUGGCUCCUGUGCAUUAAACCUCUGUGGAAUUGCAUGUGGAAGGCUCGAUCUCUUCUAUAGUCUUGGAUAUGGGGGACCAUGGGAUGUGGCAGCUAGUAUUGUGAUUGUUAAAGAAGCUGGAGGCCUUGUGUAUGAUCCAUCUGGAAAAAAUUUCGACAUCACAUCUCCAAGAAUUGCAGCUUCAAACCCUUUCCUGAAGGACGCAUUUGUCGAGGCAUUGGAGCUAUCAGACUGAGGAAGUACCUAUAGUUUAUGAACAUCAGAAAAAUUGCCUAUUAUUUUCUCAUACCUAUUGUUCUUAUCAGGAACAUUACAUGAUGCCUUCUUUGUUACAUUAUGAUGGAUUACUUUAGUACCUAUUUUAAUAGACAUUUGGCCUUGAGUUGUCCCCUUGUUAAGGUUUUUUCAAAUUUUGGGAGUUGAUUUGCUGGAAUUUGAUUGCAUUUAUAUUGGAAUUUGAUUAAGAAAUUAUCCUUACAAUCAGAAUAAACCUCCCGACAUUGUUAGCAUACUUGUUGCCAAUAGAAGCAAGCUUCUACGUUUGUUUGCUGAUUUCAAGACCGAUAAAGAGGAUGAGCAGUUCGAGGCAG